AUGCACAGGGUGGUAGUCAACGCUUGUGAAUACGAGAACAGUUCAUUUGGAUCUUAUUACGACAGCGAGGGUUUGGGGAGGGUGUGGGGGGGGGGGGGGGGGGGGGGGGGGGGGGUAAAGCAGCUGAACAAAUCGGAUGAAUUCUGUUCCAGCUGUCCGAGUGACGGGGUAGAGGAGUGGGUGUUGGGAUGGGGGGGGGGGGGGGGGGGGGCACUGCGGCUCAAAAACAAUCACUGUCUAUAA